AUGAGGAGGGAUAAUCAGAGCAGUGUGUCCGAGUUCCUCCUCCUGGGGCUUCCCAUCUAUCCAGAGAAGCAGGGCCUGUUCUUUGCUCUGUUCCUGGGCAUGUACCUGACCACAGUGCUGGGGAACCUGCUCAUCAUCCUGCUCAUCAGGCUGGACUCGCGCCUCCACACCCCCAUGUACUUCUUCCUCAGCUACCUGGCCCUGACCGACAUCUCUUUCUCAUCAGUCACAGCCCCAAAGAUGCUGUUUAAUAUGAAGACACAGAGCCAAUCUAUCGCAUAUGCUGGGUGUGUUUCCCAGGUGUAUUUCUUCUUAAUGCUUGGGUGUCUGGACAGUCUCCUUCUCACCUCCAUGGCCUAUGACAGGUACAUGGCCAUCUGCCACCCCCUCCACUAUACCACCAUCAUGAAUCAGAGCCUGUGCUUCCUGCUAGUUGUAGUGUCCUGGGUCCUCUCCUCUACCAAUUCCCUUUUGCACACCCUCCUCCUGGCCCGUCUCUCCUUCUACAAUCAGAGCAGUGUAUCUGAAUUUCUCCUUCUGGGGCUCCCCAUCAGGCCAGAGAAACAAGGCUUAUUCUACAUCCUGUUCCUGGUCAUGUACCUGACCACAGUGCUGGGCAACCUGCUCAUCAUCCUGCUCAUCAGGCUGGACUCGCGUCUCCACACCCCCAUGUACUUCUUCCUCAGCCACUUGGCCCUCACCGACAUCUCUUUAUCAUCAGUCACAGCUCCAAAGAUGCUUUUUAACAUGCAGACACAGAGCCAAUCCAUCUCAUAUGCUGGGUGUGUUUCCCAGGUAUAUUUCUUCUUAUUCUUUGCUGAUAUUGACAGCUUCCUUCUCACCUCCAUGGCCUAUGACAGGUAUGUGGCCAUCUGCCAUCCCCUCCACUACACCACCAUCAUGAGUCAGAACCUGUGCUUCCUCUUGGUAAUUGUGUCCUGGGUCCUGUCUGUUGCUAGUGCCCUUUUGCAUACCCUUCUUCUGGCCCGUCUCUCCUUUUAUGGAGACAACAUUAUCCCCCACUUCUUCUGUGACCUCUCUGCCUUACUCAAGCUGUCCAGCUCAGACACCACAGUCAAUGAGCUGGUUAUUCUCACUGUGGGAGAGAUGGUCAUUACUGUGCCAUUCAUCUGCAUCCUGGUCUCUUAUGGCCGCAUUGGAGCCACCAUCCUGAAGGUCCCCUCCACCAAGGGAAUCUGCAAAGCUUUGUCCACUUGUGGCUCCCACCUCUCUGUGGUGUCUCUGUACUAUGGAUCAAUUAUCAGUCUGUACUUUUUACCUUCAUCCAAUAACUCCAAUGAGAAGGAUAUGAUCGUGGCGGUACUGUACACACUGGUCACCCCCAUGCUUAAUCCUUUCAUCUACAGUCUGAGGAAUCGGGACAUGAAAGGCGCUCUAGGAAACAUCCUCACUAAAGGAAUAUUUACACCAAGAUGA